CACCAGUCACACGUCGACUCUCUUCUGUCCCUACCGCAGUCCACCGGAACUUUCCUGUCCGCAAACAUGAGUUCUUUCACAGGGUCUAUAUCAAAAUUACCUACUCUUUUGCCCGGCUUCAAUCGCGAAGAGGAAGCAAAUAUCACAGUCCACUGUCAUGAUCGUACCUUCAAGAGCGUCGAUGUCCUCGAUGACGCCAAUGGCCAGACUAUAUUCAGGGUCAGCAGCAAGGGUGCAUCAUCCCUCAGCUGGCGAAGAGCGAUUUCCGAUGGAAGCGGUCGUAAGCUCUUUGAACUUCGCCAUAUGGGCUAUGCCAUGAAGAACGACUGGGCUGUUGAGGACGUAGAGGGAACAAGGAUCUGCUCACUGAAGCAUGUUAACGGCAUGAUGGCGCAAAAUAGGUCCAACCUGGAUGCCGUGAUACAUGGCGAGUCUGCGGCGGAUGACAUCGGAAAUACGAUUGAGAUUCGUCCGAGAGAUAGAGGUGCGCUAUCCACAGUCGUCCAGUAUCAGGGUAUUGAGCUUGCCACGAUCAUGAAUACUGAGGCCAACGAUGUUACUUCGCUUGAGAAGAAAGGUCUUGAUCGGACUGUCUGGAAGGCACGUAUUAACACAGGAGUCGACAUCAGUCUCAUAUUGGUUGCUGUCCUGUGUCUUGCUGAGAUGGAACAUGUCUGGAGACAGUAAUUGGGAGUCGCAAGACAACAAGUCCAUAUUCCAGAAAAAUGUAGACCAUCCUCCGAAACAUGUUACAAAAUCAAUUCCAGGC